AUGUCGUCCAAUACCGAUAACCUGCCUCCAUACCAGGAGAAGCAGCCCUUCAAUGAGACCACAGCGCCUGUUGCCUCUCCACUUGCUGGGCGUAUUGCUGGCUCGGUACAAACAUGCUCGAUCCGGGACAACCAGGUUGAUUACCUUAAAAUUGUUCGUAAUUCUGCAACCAGCUAUGAUAUCUGUCUUACAAUCGACCCUACACCGCUAUAUCGCAUUCAACUCGUCUCCUCCUUUAGCAAAGUUGGCAACAUCCAAAUCUUCUCUUUAUCCGACACCACAACUCCUAUUGCCGCUGCUCGCUUAUCAACCAAUCCUAAAAGCAAGAGCGAGCCCAUAGCAACAAUAUGUACUUCGUCCCCGGCUGUGCCGGAUGCACUCUGGCGUCCCAUGGCUCGGAAAACAGGCACGUUUUCCAUCCAUGAGUAUCAGAGCGACAUACCAAUCGUCACUGUACCCGGUCUAGCUCCAACACCCCACCGGUUCCUGUGGAUGUCGCGGCACCUGUCAGAGCCUUAUUAUAGACUGGAGUGGGAUGGUCCACUUCCCAUGACGCCACCUUCAAUGUCUGGGGAUAGCAAGAAAGGGGAUGAGUAUGUGUUUGCAACAGUGGCAAGGAAGUCUACUGAGGGAGAGGCCAAUCUGGUGGAAAUUAGGAGGGGAGGUGGUCUCGAGUUUGAGCUCACUGUGAUUUUGCAGUUGUUUGUAAUUUUACACUUUAGUCAGGUAGAGUUAAUUUGA